GCCCGACCUCAGAUCGUGUCUAUCGUGAGAAAUUCGUUUCUUGCAUCUGCCUUAAAUUGCGAUAACAGUCAUUUCGGGUUGUAAUGCCGUGUUUCGCAAGGAGCAUUGUUUGGGUUUGGAACUAGUUCCUGGUGAGGCAACCAGCAGUUGCUGACUGAGAAGGGUUUGGGAAGACUUGAUCAUCUGCAUCCCUAUCUCUGGACAAUGGUGGUGGAUUCCAAGCGCUUCAGCUGAGUCAUACGCCAUGGCGUAGAUAAUUGAAGCCUUUCAUUGGAGUUUCCGCAGUGUGCUUAAACCAUCUCGCAGAUCUCCAACUUUCCACUUCUGGUCGAUUGAAGACGAAGGUUGUUAUUGCUGAAAUCUUGUGAGGGUGAAACUCGCGAGUUAUACGAGAGGAUAGAGAGACGGUUGGUGGACAGGAAAUGGGGUGCACAUGGUCAGGGCUGGAUGCUCUCUAUGGGGCUGUCGGUAGUGGUGCAGAGGUUUUCGUGAACAAGAGACGGUUCAAGAUUCAACGGCAGCUCGGGGAGGGAGGAUUUGCAUUCGUUUACCUGGUCAGAGAACUGAUACCAGCUGGGCUACAGCCAUUGAAGGACUCCGACGAUCCAAACCCCGGUUCUGAGGAUGGGAUGUACGCGUUGAAGAAGGUACUGAUCCAGUCCGACGAGCAGCUGGAGUUGGUGGAGAAAGAGAUUGAAGUCUCAUCCCUGUUCAACCAUCCAAACGUAAUCCGGCUUUUAGAACAUUCAAUCAUCAAGGUUGCCAAGACUGAAUCUCAGCCUGAGCAUCAGGAGGGUUACCUGCUGUUUCCAGUUUACCGAGAUGGGACACUGCUUGACCACUUAACCCGCAUGCAGGAAGCGAAGACAUUCUUUCCGACUAUCACUGUCCUACACAUAUUCCGGCAAAUCUGUGCAGGAUUAAAGCACAUGCACACUCAUGGCCCACCAUAUGCUCACAAUGACAUCAAACCUGGAAAUGUGUUGGUAAGCCUUCCGAAAAAUGCGCCUCCGGUGGCAGUGAUCAUGGACAUGGGUAGUGCUAGACCAGCUCGAAGGGAAUUGCGAAAUCGGAAAGAAGCAUUGGCCUUGCAGGAAUGGGCAUCACAGCAUUGUACAGCUCCUUAUAGAGCACCCGAGCUUUGGGACGCUCCUAGCGAUGCUAUUUUAGACGAGCGCACAGAUAUUUGGGCUCUUGGGUGCACUCUCUAUGCUCUAAUGUAUGGUAUUUCACCAUUUGAGUAUGCGCUGGGUGAGCAAGGUGGAAGCUUGCAUUUGGCUGCAAUGAGCGGAGUGUUGAAAUGGCCCCCAGGACCUAACCCAUCUUACCCAGAUUCACUCCACCAGUUCGUUAAAUGGAUGCUGACACCAUCCGUUGCAUCACGGCCUUUCAUUCAAGACGUCUGUAUCCAUGUUGAUAAGCUCAUUUCCAAGUUUGACUCCGACGCACGAGGUCUUUGGCAUUUGAAGGGGUAACGAUAGCAUAUAGACCAGUGUAGAAUCCCAGAUUCUUUUAGCUUCUUAGUAGAACAAAUAAGUCAGUCUUUGUAUGGAAUGUUUAGUUCUCAAGGAGCAGCGUGCAGAGGAAGUUUUCCCUCCCGGAUCUUAGUAUGACGGUUGUGUAGGAAUUUAUGUUUAUAAGAUUAUGAUGGGUCCAAACUGCAUUUUUACCGAAUGUAGUGCUCCGUAAGAUUUGUUGGUUAUAUGAGAGAGUUUACCUUGAUGCAAAGUCUAUUUUAAUAUAGUUUGACAA